CAAAAGUUGACUAGAAUCCAAGAUGGCGGUAAAUGUUGUGAUCCCAGUUUCGCGAGCACAUCAAUGAGCGGAUUUUUGCUGCGGAAAAAUAAUUACUGGCCAGCACAACGAUACGUGAUCGAACGUGGAAGUGUAUGAAGCAACCGCUAGUGAGUGAGAAAGUGUGCAAAAGUGUCUCAAAUAGGCCAUACAGCUGCCAAUUUGCCGGAAAUACGAGUGCAAGAUUUCCUCUUGGCGAAGAAGAGUCACCUUUCCUACGGUGGAGUUUGAUUCAAGCGAAAGAAAAGAAAAAUCUUUGUGCCUCUAGCUUUUUUUUCAAUUCGCCCUUGGCCAAUCGUGGCCCGAAAAAGCCAUCAUCUAUACGGGAAAUCGAUUUAUCAAGUGUGAAAUAAUUGGUGUUUUUAACACCGGCGUGAAUUUUUGGUCAAUCUAGUGCUUAAAUUCAGUUCCAGUUUGCAGACGAAGCGAACGCAAGAAAAAGGAUUUCAAUCUCAAAAUAAUUUCCUGUAUUUGGAGAAUUAUUUUUCGUGAUUUUCUGUGCUUCGUUACCGGGAUUGGAAUCGAUCAGUAACUGUUAUUUUCUGAUUCUCAAUCAACUCCGUUCAGAAAACGAUCUCAUUGGAUGUAAAUAUAUAACAUGUACGAAGUUUUAUCGUAAUCUUCUCUUCCGUACGGUUAUAGAUGAAUGCUUCGUAUGUAUUUUCGCAAAGCUUAGAAGCAUCGACGCAUAGAAUCAACUACUAGUAAAUAAUAAUACUACACUGAAGAAUAAGUAAUUUAUUUCGAAUCAAUCUCGAACUCUCAAAGAGUCUUGUUAGUGGCUAAGAAAAAUCCCUAAACGACGAAUGAAGCAGCUAAGCGCCUAGUGGAGAGAGUGAGUUAGAGAAAAAGAUUGUGUGUAUGUGUGGGUACAAGUGCGCAAGUUACACCAGGCAGUGAAUCAAUAGCAACAAAAAGUGAAGUAAGCUAAGACUGAUCUAGUGCUAUACAACAACAACAAGAUCGGGCUAGAAAUUCCAGUGCACCGGGAUCCCAAAUAAGUGAUCAAAAAUUGAGCAAAGCAUAGGCAAAGUUCGGUACAAAAUUCUAAAGAAGCGGAAGAAAAAAAAUUCCUCCAGUCACCAUCACCACCACCAUCAUCACCAUCGUCAUCAUCCAGCAACGACGACGACGACGACGGCGACGACGAACACAGGCACAGAUAGUGAUCAACAGCUAUCGCCACAGCCAUCCACUAGCAGCAGCAGCAGCGGGAGCGGCAGCAGUAGCGGCGGCGGUAACACCACCGGCGGCAGCAGACGCAACAUGACAACUGAUACGAGGCGCCGGGUGAAGCUGUACGCACUGAACGCAGACCGGCAGUGGGACGACCGGGGUACUGGCCAUGUUACCUCCAGUUACGUUGAUCGUGUUAAAGGUGAGUGUGUUUCCCUGUUAGUACACGCCGAGAACGAUGGCUCGAUGCUGCUGGAGAGUAAAAUUCAUCCGGACACAAUCUACCACAAACAGCAGGACACUCUGAUCGUGUGGAGCGAGGGGGACAACUUCGAUCUGGCCCUCAGUUUUCAGGAGAAGGCUGGUUGUGACGAGAUAUGGGAGAAAAUUUGUCAGGUACAAGGCAAAGAUCCCUCAGUCGAAAUCACGCAGGAUGUAGUGGAGGAAUCGGAAGACGAACGGUUUGAAGACAUGUCAGACUCGGCACCACCCAUCGAGCUGCCCCCCUGCGAACUGUCCCGACUAGAGGACAUCUCCGAAGCCAUCGGCAACGGUCUGACGUCCCAAAUCAGGAAGGAUAAGCUGGCGCAGGCUAUCGAAAGUGAGAACUACAUCAAAAAGUUGUUGAAUUUGUUUCACAUCUGCGAGGAUCUCGAAAACCACGAAGGGCUGCACUAUUUGUACGAGAUUUUCAAGAAUAUCUUUCUGCUGAACAAGAAUGCCCUGUUCGAGAUAAUGUUCGCCGAGGAUACCAUUUUCGAUGUGGUCGGUUGUUUAGAGUAUGAUCCUACCGGUAAUCCGCCUAAACAGCACCGACAGUAUCUCAGGCAGUUGGCCAAGUUUCGGGAGGCAAUCCCGAUUCGUAACGGCGAUCUGCUCGCAAAGAUCCAUCAGACAUACCGGGUGCAAUACAUACAAGAUAUUGUGCUGCCAACACCAUCGGUCUUCGAAGACAACAUGCUGAACACGCUGUCCUCGUUCAUCUUCUUCAACAAGGUCGAGAUAGUUACGCUAAUCCAGGAGGACGAAAAAUUCCUCGACGAUUUAUUCACGCUGCUGACCGAUCCAAACACUACCGAUAACAAGCGGCGGGACAUAAUAUUGUUCCUGAAGGAAUUCUGCAACUUUGCCCAGUAUUUGCAGCCCCAGAGCAAGGAAACGUUCUACAAGACGUUGAUCAGUCUGGGCAUUUUGCCGGCGCUGGAAAUUACGCUGGCUAUCAACGAUAAGAAAACGAAAGCAGCCUCGAUCGACAUACUGACCACGAUUGUUGAGUACUCACCUUCGAUAGUACGCGAUUAUACGCUGCAACAGUACAACAAUUCCGACACGGAUGAGGAUCAAACGCUCAUCAACAUUGCGAUUGAACAGAUGCUCUCCGAUUCGGAGCCAGAGUUGGGUGGUGCCGUUCAGCUCAUGGGCGUACUGAGGAUACUACUCGACCCGGAGAAUAUGCUCAGUUCGGUGAACAAGUCCGAGAAGUCAGACUUUUUGAAUUUUUUCUACAAGCACAGUAUACAGACGUUGACAGCUCCGCUUCUGUUGAACACCCUCACUGACAAGCCAGCCAACGAGGACUACCACACCGUCCAGCUGCUAGGGCUAGUGUUGGAGCUGUUGUCCUUCUGCGUUGAGCACCACACCUACCACAUCAAGAACUGCAUCAUCAACAAGGACCUGCUGCGGCGAAUAUUGGUACUGAUGAAAAGUACCCAUACGUUCCUAGUGCUGGGAGCGCUGCGGUUUCUGCGGAAAAUUAUCGCCCUGAAGGAUGAAUUCUAUAAUAGGCACAUUGUGAAGGGAAACCUAUUCGCGCCGGUGGUGGACGCCUUCAUCAGGAACAACGGCCGCUACAAUCUGCUGGAAUCCGCAAUUCUCGAGCUGUUUGAGUUUAUCAAGAUUGAGGACAUAAAAUCGCUCUACACUUACUUCGUUGAGAAUUUUGGCAAAAUAUUCGACGACGUGCAGUACGUGCAGACGUUCAAGACGCUGAAGAACAAAUACGAUCAACAGCAGGACCGCCUCAAGGAGAAGGAGAAGGGCAACAGUUUGGAAAGCUUAUCUUCUAGCAGCGUUCCAUCGAUUCUGCGAAACAGCAGCCGCUACCGACGGGAUCAACGGCAGCUUGACGAGGAAGAGGAAAUUUGGUUCAACGAAGAGGAAGACUUUGCCGAUAACAAAGUGGGAUCGCCCGAAUUAGACACGAGCCUAGGAAAAAUUUUCGACAAGAAAUCACCCGAGUCGUCUCCGACUGCCGCCUCAGUGAACGGUCCCAAGUACAGCAGUAACAACAGCAGCAGCAAUACGAACACAUCGCAGUCUCCGCUCUCACAGCUACAGACUAACUCCGCGCUGAAUAACAAUAACAUAGAUAUUAAUACUAACAACAGCACGACCACCACAUCGACAGGACUACCGCCUUCCGUUCAUCCCCUAGCGGCGGCAGCGGCGGCGGCUGCAGCAGCAGCAGCUGCUGCUGCGUCCGUCACCACCUCAGCAGACAACGUCAAUUCAACGUCCUCCUCUACUACUCCCGCGGUGGAAGUCGAUUCGCUGGAAGCCGUCGCCGACAGCAGCAGUCUGUCUCUGUACUCGACUAGUGGUGUCAACCUUUCCGCGGUGAAGUCACACGAAACUUCGCCUGCUUCCUCCACCUCGACUAUUACCUCUGCUGGCGUUGAUGGCGGUGGCGGCGGCGGCUUGGCGAUGGAAGAAGACGAUUGCCCGGACAAAUCCACCCUAACUUCCACAGUUGUUGAUCCGCAGUUGAUCGCCAAUGGCGACAGUGAUAGUAGUAGUAUUGUAGAAAACUCCACCAACAACACCGCCGAAUCCACCGCUUCCGCUGACUUGGAAGCAUCCAAGAGGUUAGCACUGGAAUGUUCCGCUGCGGCUACCCUAGCAGAGCAGACAACCAGUGUGAGACAAAGCUGCAACAGUGAUAAUAGUGGGCUCACGGUCGUCAACGAUGGUGAUGUCCUAGGAGACACCUCCUCCAAUAGUAACGGUGAUAUCGAUGUUCCAGCGGCAGCGACGGCAACACCAACAACCUCUUUGCCCACUGCCACGAUACUGACGCUCGUAGAUUCGGCACCGGAUGUAAUUGCACCCGUGGACGGAACACUCGAACACUUGAACCCAGCCACUACGGUUGUGAGCAGCUUAAAGAAGGGUCUGGUGGACUACGAGGGAGACUCCGAUGAGGAGGAUGAUGAUGACAGUGACAGUCCCGCACAAAAGAAGGCGCGAAUGGCAUAGCAUCGUAAUGCUGCCCACCAGUCCCUUCGCCAUCGUCAGCAACCUAAUCAUAGUAACCACAACAGCCACCAUCAUCAACAUCAUCAUCAUCACGUCGAUUCUCGUUGCCACGAUGCCGACGACAAGGACGAAAUGUCAAUGACGUUAGCCGUUUCGCUUGCUGCUACAACCACAACCACAACAACCGGAACAACAAAUUAUACAUAAUUCUUAUAAAUACAUGUGUAUCUAGAGGUAAUAUUUGCUAAUUUAACGAGAAAGAAUCAGAGGAAGAAAAUAAUAGUUUAAAAAGGAAACGGAAACACAAAAAAUAUCCGAUACAGUUUGUUUUCCGACGAAGCGCGCACUUGUUCCCCCUCCUUUUUGUUAGCGCAAGAAGAGGAUGCGCGCUUAGUGGAUGAUAGGAAACAGAACAAAACAAAAAACAAAAAUUCAUAAUUAUUAUAUUGGAUAAUAAUUAACGUUGUAAUUUAAAGGAGUAGAAGAUGAACAAAAACAUCAAACUGAAUACGAAUAAGUCUUGAUAAGUCUUAUCACUAUCACUAUUGAGAAACAAAAAAAAACAUAACACAACAACUAUUGCUACUGCUGCUAGAGGGGGUGAGGUCUAACAGAAUUUCCAAAGGCAGAUAGAGAAAACGAACAUGUUAGGAGUAAAUAAUUAACGAAGACACAACAAGCACAUUGCGCAGAUACAAACUUUGUAAUAAUCUGAGAGGCAAAAAUUGUAGAAACUGUAUUGUUGUUUUGAAAAUCCGUCAAAAAAUAGAAAAGCAAAACAAAUUAAGCUGCCCUGGAAUACUGUCGCGAAACAACCGGUAAAAAUGUGGGUGAAUUGACUUGCUAUUGUGCUAGCAAGCCAACGACAACACACACACACAUGCAAUCGUUUUCGUUCGCUCUGAAUUCUUUUAAUUAUUUUGGGAUAUUAUACAUAUGAAGGGCAAGAGAAAAAAAAACCAGAAAAAUAACAUUAGGCGCGCAUGCGCGGCGCUCUGAACGAACACAAUCAAUCAGAUCCGAGCAAAAAGAAACCAUUGAACGUAUGUAUUUAUAAAAACAAAACAAAAACAAACACGAAUUGAAGUGUAAUUGGCGUUAAACCAUGUUAUAAAUUUAGUACUAGAAAUUUGAAAUUGAGACACAAAUCUGCUCGAGAGAGGAGGGGGGGGGGGUGGUUCUAGGAUUGAUGAAAAUUAGGGACAGGUUUUUUGAGAAAAGUUUUCCUGCGAGCAGAAACUACUAAAGUCAGAUAUUUUGUUUUCUCUGUUCUUCGUAAUCAGCAUAACAAAAGGGGACUGAAACAUCAGGGCUUGCAUUUUCGUGGCUUAAAUUCCGUCGUCUUUAUUGAGGGCGGUGAGCGUGUUUUCGUGCGUAAAGGCUCCUUACAUUAUUGGUUUCUUUUUUGUGCUUUUCCUCAUCCUGAUUUUUCACCCAAGAACCAGUGUCGGGAAAAGGCGAAUAGAACGUUGUUUUUUAUUCGUCUUUUUCUCGUUCUAGGGUAAAAAAUUGCGUUGAAUCCUUCCAAUAGCUUUUGGAUGGGAUGCAUUUCAGUUAGUUAAAAAAAAAGCAUUCCAUCCCAGACCGACUUGGAGUUCAGUGAAGUUUAAAAGUUUUUCAUCAUUUGCUGUAAAUAGUAGUUCCUUAACUGUAAUUAGUGUUAAGCCAAAUUUUCGUAGGAAAUAAAAAAAUAAAUCACUAUACGAAUAAUCGUUAAGGCGAGAUGUAUAUUUUGAAAUCAAUUAGACGACCAAUAAAUUUACUCAAUUCCAA